AUGAAAUCAAUUUUAAAUUUUCGUGAUGUUGGAGAACCUGUUGGAGCUAAUGAUCAAAAUAACACUGAGGCAUUAAAGAAAGGCCUGUUGUUUCGUAGUGCAGAGCCAGAUAAAGCAACUAAAGAGGAUAUCGAACAACUAUUAAAUUUUAAUAUCCACACAAUUGUUGACUUGAGAGCUAGAAAAUAUGAGUCUCAACAAAAAUCUACAUUAACAACAAAUUUCCCGAUGGUCAAAUACCCUCGUGGAGAUCAUACAAACUGCACGAUUAGAAAGACUGUCAACAUUAAUUUAAUGGAAAGGAAGAUUCGCAGAAAUUAUAUUUCUAAGACUUCUUUUUAUGACAAACUAAAAAUAAUUGGAUAUCUUGCCUCUUGUCAAAAAAUGAAUGCUGUAAGAACAGUGUAUCGUCAUUUGGUUCCAAGAGGAUUAACUGGGAUGUAUACGGACUGGUUGAAUUUCUCUGGUGAUCAAAUUUGUAAGGUUCUUGAACUUAUGACAGACGAAGCAAAUUUACCAAUUUUGAUUCAUUGUAAACAUGGAAAAGAUCGUACUGGUGUAAUAGUCGCCCUCGUUCUUUCUAUCUGUGGCGUUGAAGAAGAAACAAUUGUUCAUGAAUAUUCAGUUUCUCAAGUGGGUUUAGCCAGUAUACAUACUUCAGUAGUUGAUGAUUUUAAAAAACUUGGAUUAGCUGGAGAGUUUGUCUCCGCACCUCCUGAUGCAAUGAGAAAUAUGUUAAAAUAUAUUAAACAGAAACAUGGUUCAACAGAAAAUUAUUUAGUUGGAAUUGGUUUUGAUUUAGAUAAACAAAAAUUAAUUCGAAAAAACUUUUUAAUUUAA